AUGACGUCUGACUACGAUGAGCAGAGUACUCAGUCAAAGCAGCGUGUCACAACAAUUGUGUUGGCCGUCUUGGCCAUCGUCUUUUUGUGUCUACGACUGCUGGCUCGGCGAGUGAAAAAUAUCCAUCUGGGGCCUGAUGAUGUGACCCUGAUUGUGGGACUCGUCUUGGUUUUGGUUGUUGCUGGGGUCAAUCUUGCUUGUGUUGAAUAUGGCAUGGGCCGACACACUAGCACCAUCCCUGCCGAUAGGGAGGGAACAUUCUUCAAGCUCGUCUAUGCUUUCGAGCCCCUCUAUAUCACUACGGCCGGCAUCAUAAAAAUCUCAGUACUACUUAUGUACCAUCGAAUCUUUCCCGUUCGCUAUGUAAAAUUUGGUGGAUUAAUUCUUGCCGCCAUCACUCUUGCUUGGGUUAUCUCAAUCGACCUCUUGGCUAUCUUCCAGUGCACCCCGAUCGCCAAGGCCUACGACCGCACACUACCAGGCCACUGCAUCAGCCUUAAAGGCGCGCUCAUUGGUAACGGCGUGCCAAACUUCGUGACGGACAUAUUCAUUUUAGCCUUGCCCUCAAAGCUCAUUUGGGGUUUACAAGCAAGUGUGUGGCAGCGCGUAUCGGUUAUCGCGGUGUUCUUGACCGGAAGUUUUGUCGUGUUUGCGAGCAUCUAUCGCUUCACCCUAAUCUUUUCCUUCGAAAUGACAGAUGUUGCCUGGACACUCGCCGAUGCGCAAACGUGGUGUGUUGUCGAAGUCGCAGCCGGAGUCAUUUCAGCCUGUCUACCCACAACCGCUCCACUAGUCAAGAUAUGCACCAGGAGCCUUGUAUCCACCGCUAAAUCACUAUCCAAGUCCAAUCUGACUCAGUCAGGGAGCCGAGUGUUUUCACGGAACGCGGCAACCUCGCGUUCUAUUAAUGUUGAAAAUAGUAUCACUAUUGAUACAGACGAUGCUCAUGCUCAUCGUGCUAGUAGUGCGAGCUUUGCAUUAGAGAAUAUGAGCCCCCUGAGCAGCUCACAUCUGAAAGGCAAAGGGUGGACGAUGAUAACCGCCGCUGAGCGUGAAAGUGACUCGAACUGA